ACACUGCCCUCUACAAAUACCAAAUGCACAGGCAUAAGGACAACACUGCGAACGAUUGGCUGGUCUUCAUAACACACCGCGAACUGCAUCAUAACAUAAUGACUCAAGCUUUGGACGUUGUCCGUUGGGACUUGGAGUGCGAGUUCAACAACACGGACCACCGCACCGACCUCAAUGGCUUUGAUCGUCUCAUCGUGAGGAGGGGACAGCCGUUCACCAUCAACCUCUACCUGAGAUCCGGGGUCUACCAGCCCGGUGCCAGCAGUCUCAGCCUCCUUGUUGAGACAGGCCCCCAACCCCAUGAUCAGUAUGGCACACGGGCCUCCUUCGAUCUGUCUGAGACCAUCGACACCUCACGCUGGAGCGCAGCUGUCAGCAGUCCCCCUAGGGAUAUGGUGGCUCUGUCCAUCUGUUCCCCCCCGGAUGCGCCCAUUGGGCGCUACAUCUUGACCCUGGGAGGAUCUGGGCGCAUCGAGUUCAUCUUGCUCUUUAAUCCCUGGUGCUCAGGGGAUAUGGUUCACAUGGAGAGUGAGGAACAACUGAGGGAGUAUGUCUUGUCUCAGGAUGGAAUCAUCUUUAGAGGCAGUUCCAAACACCCUAUUGGCACACCUUGGAACUUUGGCCAGUUUGAGUCAGGGAUUCUGGACGCCUGUCUCAGAAUUCUGGAUAUGAACCCUAAAUACGUCCGUAAUCCAGGCAAAGACAGCUCGGGCAGGAGAAACCCCAUCUACGUCUCUAGAGUGCUGAGUGCCAUGGUGAACUGCAAUGACGACAAAGGGGUCCUACUGGGAAGGUGGACUGAUGACUAUGAUGGAGGGGUGAGUCCCAUGUCCUGGAAGGGCAGUGUGGAAAUCCUCAGGAACUGGGACACCAGCGCCUGCCAGCCUGUACGUUACGGCCAGUGUUGGGUUUUUGCGGCAGUGGCUUGCUCAGUUUUCAGAGCCCUAGGUAUCCCCUGCCGAGUAAUCACCAACUAUUUGUCAGCUCAUGACACCAACAGCAACCUUGUGAUUGAGCGGUAUGUAGAUGAAGAUGGACAGCCUAUCCAGAAGUCCAGAGACAUGAUCUGGAACUACCACUGCUGGGUUGAGAGCUGGAUGACCAGACCAGACCUCAAGCCUGGCUUCGAUGGCUGGCAGGCAAGUGACCCUACUCCUCAAGAAAAAAGUGAAGGGGUUUACUGUUGUGGCCCGGUCCCGCUAAAAGCAAUAAAGGAAGGCGAGCUCACCUACAAAUACGAUGGCCCCUUUGUGUUCGCGGAGGUCAAUGCUGACAUUCUCACCUUCAUGAAAAAAGACGGCAGCAUAGAGAAGAUCAUCGGCUCCUCUCUAGUCGGUCAGAAGAUCAGCACAAAGAGCGUGGGGAGCGACAGGAGGGAGGACAUCACACAUCUGUACAAAUAUCCUGAAGGAUCUGAGGAGGAGAGGGAAGCCUUCAAGAAAGCCGACCAUCAGAACAAACUUCUGACGCAGCAAGGACAGUACGAAGGCCUGCACGUCACCAUCAAGGUCACCGAGAGCAUGUUAAAGGGUUGCGACUUUGACGUGAUCGCUUUGGUUACCAACAACACAUCUGUCGAUAAGGAGUGCCGCCUUGUGUUUGGCUCCAGAGCUGUAUCCUACAAUGGAAUUCUGGGCGAAACCUGCGGAUACAAAAACUUAAUUAACGUCAAGCUGUCACCAGGAGGAGAGAUGAGAGUUCCUCUGCGGCUGAACUACUCCAAGUACAAAGAUGCACUCACUCAGGACAACCUCAUUCGUCUGGCAGCCCUUCUCGUAGACUACAGCACCAGAGAAGCAGUGAUGGCAGUGAGGAACAUUGUUCUGGAUAACCCUGAGAUCAAAGUCAGAAUUCUUGGAGAACCCAAAGAGAACCGGAAAUUGGCAGCCGAGAUCACCCUGCAGAACCCUCUGCCAGAGGCACUGGAGGGCUGCUGUUUCAGCAUCGAGGGAGCCAACCUGACAGGAGGACGUUCUCUGACUGAGAGACUGGACUCUGCCGUGGGACCCGGGCAGGACGCCAAAGUCAAAAUCUACUUCACGCCCACCCACUCGGGACUGAGGAAACUAGUGGUGGACUUUGACAGCAACAGACUGUGUCACGUCAAAGGCUACAGGAACGUUAUCAUUGGAAAAUAGGCUUCUGUUUACAUUGACAUAACAUUUAUUCAUUUAGCAGACGCUUUUAUCCAAAGCGACUGACAGAAAGAACUUUACAAAAAGUGCAUAGGUCAAUGGUAGACAGUUUAGGCUAUGAUAUGACAAGGCCGAUUGUAUAAUGAAUUACUAUGUGGCAGAGUUAGAUUGUAUGUUUGUUUUUUCAAUUUUGAUAUGGAAUAUAGUACAUUUACUGUAAUAUACUAUCAACCAGAAGCCUGAACAUACACAAAACAUUAUGCUUUCUUGUUGGCAGAGACUAUUAACAGUUUUUAAUAGAUACAUAACCCAAAAUGUUUUCUUAUUGAUUUAUUGUACUUAAAUCCAUGUAUUCACUCAAGUAUUUUGUGUAUGACAAAGUAUCCCUCUUGUUCAUGCUGUACUUCUUUCAUAUUUUGGAAACUAAGAACAUUAAAAUGUUUUUAUACUUA